UUUCCCUUCUCCCCUUUCACUGGCAAAAAAAAAAAAAAUCUACUUGUUGGUUUCUCUCUCUAGAUCUCUCAUGGCUUCCUGCUUCUCUCCCGUUGCUAUCUCAGGUUGUUCUCAUCUCAAGGCACGUGAGGUUUGUUUCACUAAGUCCAGCACCUUUGGGAAAACACCAAGUUUGGCAGUUCAGAGGAAACCAGUGCCACCAAACCGCCAGUUUUCAGUUUGUGCUGAGUAUCGUGAUGGCAGUAGGGGUGGAGGAAGUGAUUUUGCCGCUGGUUUUUUAUUAGGAAGUGCUAUAUUUGGAACUUUGGGAUAUAUUUAUGCGCCACAGAUUAGAAGAGCCCUGCUAAAUGAAGAUGAACACGGAUUCCGGAAGGCAAGGCGACCGAUAUAUUCUGAUGAUGACUAUGAUAGUGGUUUAGAGAAAACCAGGCAGAUCCUGAAUGCAAAAAUCGGCCAACUCAAUUCUGCCAUCGACAAUGUAUCCUCACGUUUGAGGGGUGGCAAAAAAUCACCUACUGUGCCGGUCGAGACUGACCCUGAAUUUGAAGCUUCCAUGUAAGACGUGUUUGUUUGCUUAGUCAAGAGGUUUGAGUUUCAGUGAUUGAUGGUUGGUACCUGUGCUUCUUUAAUGGAUUCUUAAUUUCGCUGUGUGGUUUGAAAAUUUUAUAUGGGAUUUUGCAGUAUUAAUAUUAAUAGGAUAGGAACUAAAGUUGAAUUCACUUCCAAUUAAAAAAAGGGAUAAUACCUAUUUGGUUGUUGAA